UCUGCCUGUCUGUGUAUAUCUACCUAUAGAUACUAAUCUUAUUCACUUCAGAAUGUCCCCUUGCGACCUCUGCUGACAAAGAAAGAGCAUUGCAUCCUUGGAAAAAAAACAAUUACAUAGGAACACAUAAAAAAAUGCUCUAUAAUAGCUUUCCCGGUCUGAAUUUUUUUUUUUUUAACACAGGGUGGUACAACAGACAUAUUUAGGAAAAGUCAAGAAAGUAGGGAUUUGGAAUGUGAUCGAGUGCAAAGAUAUAUUUUAUUUUAACUCACAGGGGUCAUUUGACCCCUUCGACGGCUGUUCUAGUGUUAAAGCUAAAUGGUCCCGCCCCCAGGAACGUUUCUUUUUUCUUCAGACUUGACUGUCAGGAGUUUCAAAACAUAUGCGCGACACAACACUGCCAAUAUUCACGUGACUCAAAGCUUGCGCCUGUGUGGUCAAAUCUCUGAAAAGUCAAUGCUGAAAAGUCAGUUCUGAAAAAAUACGUUUCAAUGGCGUAAACGUACACCUUUACAAGUUUUUAAAACUAAAUAUACAACCUUUCAAAACUUAUUUCUCAAUGUAUGAACACCUGUUUGCAGAAUCCCAUUUACAAGGUUUCAAAACCGGGAAACAAUGAAAUACACUGUUAGAACAGUGCCAGAUUUGAAACUCUGCAAAUGCGCUGGUGAAAUUGUUUGAACUUUGAAAAUGUGUUGGUGAAAAUGAUGAAGAAGAUAAAAUAGAACACAAAAUCAUGUUUACAGGUGUUUGAAUUUUUGUUUGCAUUUUUUUCAGGUUAUAAUCUUUUUUCAGUGUUGCAAAACCUUUUUUACAAGGUGUUGAGUUUUCAAACCCAGACUUACAAGCCUUUGAAACUUUUUUUUUCAGGUUUGAAUUAUGGCAGCAAACUGGCUCCAUAUGCCGGCCCCCUACGACUCUGGGGGGACAGGACGCAGCAGUAGGAGUGAGACUUACUGCCCGUCCUCUACUACCCCCCCGCAGGUGGUGAACAAGCCGGACAGCCACGGCGGGGGUCUGGACUGGACCCGUAUCUGUGAGCAGUCGUCCAAAGUGAUUACCUUCAUCGACCUGGCGGGCCACGAGAAGUACCUGAAGACCACCGUGUUCGGCAUGACCGGACACCUGCCCGACUUCUGCAUGCUCAUGGUGGGCAGUAACGCUGGCAUCGUGGGGACGACCCGGAAGCACCUGGGCCUGGCCCUGGCACUCAACGUGCCCGUGUUCGUGGUCGUCACCAAGAUCGACAUGUGCCCCGCUCACAUCCUCCAAGAGACGCUGCAGCUGCUCCAGAGGUUGCUUAAGUCUCCGGGCUGCAGGAAGAUCACCGUCCUGGUCCAGAGCCGGGACGACGUCAUCAUCACCGCCUCCAACUUCAGCUCAGAGAGGCUGUGUCCCAUCUUCCAGGUCUCCAACGUGAGCGGGCAGAACGUGGACCUGCUGAAGGUCUUCCUCAACCUGCUGUCCUCGCGGACGUCCUACCGGGACGACCAGCCUGCCGAGUUCCAGAUUGACGACACCUACUCGGUCCCGGGCGUGGGCACGGUGGUGUCGGGGACUACUUUGCGCGGACUGAUCCGCCUCAACGACACGAUGCUGCUGGGCCCCGACCCGCUGGGCAGUUUCCUGUCCAUUGCCGUCAAGUCCAUCCACAGGAAGAGGAUGGCGGUGAAGGAGGUGAGGGGGGGGCAGACCGCCUCCUUCGCCCUCAAGAAGAUCAAGCGCUCCUCCAUCAGGAAGGGCAUGGUGAUGGUCUCGCCGUGCCUCCAACCCCAGGCCUGUUGGGAGUUCGAGGCAGAGAUCCUGGUGCUGCACCACCCAACCACAAUCUCCCCCCGCUACCAGGCCAUGGUGCAUUGUGGGAGCAUCCGUCAGACGGCCACCAUCCUGACGAUGAGCCGCGCCUGCCUCCGCACCGGGGACAAGGCGGCGGUCCGCCUCCGCUUCAUCAAGACCCCCGAAUACCUGCUCCGUCACCAGAGGCUGGUGUUCAGGGAGGGCCGCACCAAGGCCGUGGGCACCAUCACCAAGCUCCUCCAGUCGUCCAAUCAUCUGCCGUCCAACUCCAAACCUCCGCAAAUCAAGAUGCAGUCCACCAAGAAGGUUCCGCCCCGCUGGGAGGAGGGCCCCUCGAUGGCCAAUGAGGAGGCGCCUACAGCCAUAUCGCUGACCGCCACUCAAAACUGAUAAGGGUAUGGUAAGAAACAUCAAGUGGUCUCAAAAAGGCGGUACAGCCGUGCAUUAUGAAGAUCAACAGACAGAUCAGACGCUCUCUCACUCACACCACCCUGGGGUGAACCAGCAGAAUCGUUUUCACCCAGUAAACCGUCAGAUUUCCCAGUGACCCUCCCAGUUUAACACCAGUGGACCUCCCAGUUUAACACCCAGGGAACCUCCCAGUUUGACACCAGUGAACCUCCCAGUUUGACACCAGUGACCCUCCCAGUUUAACACCAGUGAACCUCCCAGUUUAACACCAGUGAACAUCCCAGUUUAACACCAGGGAACCUCCCAGUUUACCACCCAGUGAUCAGUAGUUCACUAGAGACUGUUCCUAUACACUCACCAGGGGUCUCAUUUAUAACCGUUGUGUACGCACAAAACAGGGCUGAAAUUGGCGUACGUGACUUUCCACGCCAAGGUUCUGAUCUAUAAAAAAACAACUUGACGGGAGAAUGUGCGCAGCCCUAAGCAAACUCUGACCCAUGGGUACGCAUGGUUUGGAGGAAAAGGAGAAUUGGCGACACAGAUGGUGUGGUGGUGAACUGAAGUCAGACAGAAGAAUUGUAGACUAAGAAGAACGAUUAUGUUUUAUCAUCGACCUUCAUGAAUUUAAUUUCAUCCCGUAUCAUGUGUUAAAUCAAUGUAAUCGGAAUAAUUUAAGUCAACUGCGUUAUUUCUCAGUUAUAACUCCAGAAACAUCUCCUUAGAAUAGAAAUAAAUAAAAAUAUCUCUAUAUUUAAUCCCGUCACUCCAUACUGUCCGCUGAUGGCGCGACUGCAUGGAAUAAAGCAUCCGUCCAACAUGUGUCAAUAACAUAAUAUUUUUAUGUGACACUGUAAACACAUAAUCAAACGUCAAUUAAAUCCCAAGUGUGGAAAACCAAGCCACACUCCUCAUCACAA